AGAAAGAAAGAAAGAGCGCGCGUGUGAUGUGUUUGUGUGUCCUCAGUGUUUUUCUCUCUUGCGUGUUUCAUUGAGUGUAAACAGAGUCUUGUCUCUGUGUAUUUAAGCGAAAUUUAAGCAAAAAUCUCUCAGCUGAAGAAAGAGGUGGCGUUAUUGGAGACAAAGCUGAGGUCAAGAGGAGAUUUAGCAAUGAAACGAGAGGAUGUGGAUUGUUGUGAAUCUUCAGUGUAUGUGACUGAUGAUGUGAGUCUGGAUUCAGUGUGGAUGAGCAGAGAUCAGAGCCGCACACCACAGACACUGCUGGACUCUAAACUCUCUGAAGAGAAAUCCAGACACACACAGGACUCAGAUCUCUCAGAAAUCAAAACUGAACCCCCAGAAAUCAAAACUGAAGAGGAAGAUUGCUCUGAUGAUGAUUUUAUUCCAUCAGAUGUGAAGAGUGAUUCAUGUUUGGAUAUAGAAAUAACGUCCUCAACAUCAAAAGAGCGACUGACAGCACAAACUCUUUCCUGCAUCACCUGUGAAAAGACAUUCAGCUCACAGAGACAUUUAGAGAGACAUGAGAGAAAACACACAGAACAGAAACUCUUCACCAGAUCUGAGAUCAGCUUUACUACCUUACAAGAGAAGAAACUUCAUUCAGAAGACCACAGAGAGAAGAAGAAGAAGUGUGGGAAGAUAACCAUGGUUGACAAAUGGACAGUAGACGACACAUGUCAAUGGCUUCAGAAUAUAAACCUUAUUGAUGCAAAAGAAACUUUCAGAGAGCAGCAAAUUGAUGGGGAGACUCUGCUGGGUCUCACAGAAAGGAUGGUGGAAAGACUUUUUCCUAUUAUGAAACAUCAGGUGACGUUUAUGAAGGAGCUUAAUAAGUUAAAAAACUUGGAAACUGGAACUGGAACUGAAGUGCCUCAGAUGUCUUGUAUUCAACAAGAACCCUGUGACCCAAUUGUUGCGCAACCUUGUCCAGCAGUAUACAACCUGCCUGUCUUUCCCCCUGAAUUGCAAGCAGCUUUGCAGAGGAAGGAUCCUAGCUUUAAGAAAAAAGACAAGUCUCACAUCCGUGCAUUACUAGUUCAAGUAUUGUUCGACAGCAUCACCAAGCACACCUGGUACCCAAGUCAUAAAAUUUAUGGAGAUGUUUUGGGGAGUUUGAUUACCCGCUUUCCAUUUUUGAAGGAUGGCAGCCGCUCUGGUUAUGAUACCUUGUUGGAAUGCCUUAGAAACAAGUUUAAAAAGGAAAGGAUUCCCUUGGUUAGCUCAUCAAUCGUCAUGGAAAUGAAGGAGAAGUAUGGGAUCAAAAGAAAGAGUGACAGACAAACAGACUCUGAAGGACUUCAACAUCAAAAGAAUGCAAAAUGUAGAAGAGAACCACUGGAAAUAAUGGCAUACAAUGAUUCUGCUUGUUCAGAGAUUGUGUUGGACCUGGAAUUAAUUGGUGAGGAGGAGACAAGUUUCCAGCAACACAUUAAUGCUAUCACCCUAGAGUUGCGUAAAAGCAACCCCAAUUACUCUGAGGUCAAGAACCGGAUGAAGCGCACUCUUUUCCAAAGAGUACAGAUGAUGGAGAGGCCUGCAUCUGAAGUAAUGGAGCAGUUUCCUUUUCUUGGAGUGCCACAGCUUAUGCUGCAUGAAAUGACAAUGAGGUUCGGAACCGACUUGGUACAGAACAUGGAGACAUCUUUAAAUAAAAUGGCCCCAAACAUCAUCAGGAGUGCCAAAGAAGGGAGUCAAAAAAAACUCUACGCCAAUCUCAUCUCAACAGCAGAGAAAACCACAGAAGGUCUUGUUAGGAAUGCUGCACUUAUUUUAUUGCCAGCAUUAUUUAAAGAAAACGCCAACUUCCUCUACUGUGUAAAUAGUGAACCCAAAAGUCCCACACCAACCAUUGUGUUUAACGGCUCUCCAGAUCCCCUCAAAGCUGAAAGUGUAAGCAUUGUAAUGGACAAUGUGACAAUCAUUAAAGAGGCCAUCAUUGACAUGACACAGGCGGUGGAAUGCCUCUUUGCAGUUUAUUUUCUUUUUAAUGUUCAUUACCCUGUUGCCAUUAAGCACACAAUGACUUUUAUUCAGAAAUACCUUCUUAAAUUUAAAUGUCGUCAUGAGAAAAAAACACCAAUACCUGUGCAAAAAAUGUACAAUCAACUUCUGUGAUUGUAAUUCUGUGAAUUGUCAUCUUCUUUUUACAUGUUCUAAUUGUUUAUGAAUUAUCUCUUUUCUUUUACUCAUUUCAUAUAAAUGUAAAUAUCUUAUGUUUGUUUGAACAAAUUGAAAUUGCGUAAUGGAAGUAAUUGAAACAAAAUUGUUAAAUUGUAAAAUUUAGCUGUUUAAUACGUGUGUGUGCGUGUAAAUAUUUAAACCAAUUUAAAGUAUUGAUGUCUGAUAAAAAAUAGAGAUAUGAU